CGUCGACAUGUGCAUAUCGUUACGAUGAGAAUGUCAGGGUUUCAGAUGAGCGCUUGCACUGAUAGUAAGUAUCAUCACUGUCACUUCUGUGCUCUGCGAGGUUCUCGCUGGCACUGCGCGUGUUGUGGAGAAAUGAGGCCCGAUAACCUUGAAGCUAUAUGUCUUAUUCUUGGAGACACUGCGUGCGUUCCGUUGGGGGUGAUCUAUCAUCUCUUUCAGCACUCCGGGCAUGACCAGUUUUUGAGGGGGGCGAGUCGGCAUCCUAUUUUUGGGUUCACCUGCUCCCAGAUUUUUGACACGCCGUUGACUAUAUCCCUGUCUGUCAUUGAGCAGCUGAAAAACAUCAUGUCCUCAUUAACACCUGCGGUCGACAACAGCACUCGCUAUGAAGUAUGGGGCUUUUUGUUUGGCCCAAGAUCUGGCCCUCGACGUUUGAAUGUGCAGGUCUCUGACAGCGAUGACAUCCGGAUCUCCGGUACACAAUACCUCUUUGCCCCUGAUGUCGAAAUCUCGACGACGCGUGUUGAGGUUGGGAUGAGGCUUUAUGUCGUGUUCUUUGAUCUAGGAAGUCAUGAGACAGAGCGCGAAAAUGCUUCCUACAUCUUCGUCAAAGUGCGACCCACACAUUUGACACCGAUGAACAUUCGCGCGGAAGACGAUCUACAGGACAUUAUCCAUGUCUUAUUGGUAUUGGCUACACGCUUCCCGGCGGUUGGAACUUCCACGAGUCAUACCGGUGCUUAAAAUACUCGAAUCUCUUCUAUUUUAGGGACAGCGUGUGUUGUGGGGUGCAUUUCGUUCAACUAUGUCCUGGCUCCUAUCUAUUUGUAAUAUGACACGCUCUGCGUCCCCUUUCU